UAUGUCCUUCCCUUCCAUCCAACACAACACCACGAGUUCUUUGACUCUCAUGCUCAAUUGUUCAUCGAUCAAUCGUAGAAGAUGGUGGAUUUAGAUUGGAAAUCGAAGCGGGUCGUGUCCUCCGAUAGCAUCCCGAACAAGUCCCUCCCGAAGCUCCCAAACAAGCUCACCGUCCUCAUACCUGCCCCGCUCCGAGGCGGCUGCCCUGCGGAGUUGGAAACCGCAUCCUCCUCUGCUUGCUCCGCCUACGAGCACUACCUGCGCCUCCCCGAGCUGAGGAAGCUAUGGAGCUGCCGAGAGUCCCCGGAAUGGAAGAGCGAGCCGUUUAUCAGACCCGCUCUGCAAGCUCUCGAGAUAACAUUCAGGUUCUUGUCGACCGUGUUGUCCGACCCCAGGCCUUAUGUGAACUCCAGCGAGUGGGAGCGGCAGCUCGAGUCUAUCACAGCAACCGAACUCCAGCUUGUGUCAGCCCUGGUUGAAAGUGGGGAGGGCACAGCGCCAAUUGCCAGCGCACCCUCUUUCAGUGGUGGCAAGCUCGCCCGUGGAGGGAGCUCGGCGGAGGUUUGGCGGCUCACGGCCGGUGACAACACUGUUGUGAGCUGCACCAGCGAGGCCAGCCUGCUGCCGCGGCUGGCUGCAUGGAGGCGGUCAGAGGCGGCUGCAGAGAGGAUACAGUACCUAAUCGAGGGCGCGAUGCGGCGAUGUCCAUACACCCUCGGCCUUGGGGAGCCGAACCUCGCCGCGAAACAGAGCCUCGACUAUGACGGAAUCGUCAAGCCGCACGCGGUCCAUGCAUUGAGGCAGAAUCCUUACAGCGAUCAGAUCCAAAACCACGAGAAUCAAACUCUAUACACAAUCCACCAGAUCCUCGAGUCGUGGGUCCAGUCGGCAUUGGAGCUGUUGAAUAGGAUCGGAGGGAGGAUAGAGUCGAAGAGAUUUGAUAUCGCAGCGAGCGACUGCUUCCUCCUUGAGAGAGUCUGGAAGCUCCUCGCGGAGAUUGAGGACCUCCACCUGUUGAUGGACCCGGCGGACUUCCUCCGCCUAAAGAGCCAGCUCGAGAUCAAGAGCGAGCCAGCACCAUUCUGCUUCCGGUCAGCUGCGCUCGUAGAGCUCACACGCCGGUGCAGGGACCUUCGGCAGUGGGUACCCAACGUCCUCGGUGUAGAGGUGGACCCCGCCGGGGGGCCAAGGGUCCAGGAGGCAGCGAUGAGGCUGUACCGGGAUAAGGCUGGCCCGGAGAAGAUCCAUCUCCUUCAGGGCCUCCAAUCAGUUGAGGCCGCAGUAAAGAGGUUCUUCUACGCGAACAAGCAGGUGGUCGCCGCAGUUAUGGGGAGCCUGGAGGCGAGAGAGGAGGGCGAGUCACUCAGUCGGGUGUUCCUCGAGCCGACCUAUUUCCCAAGCUUGGACGCUGCAAAGACGUUCCUUGGGGACUCACUUGGUCACAAGCGGACUCGGGCAGCGUGAUAAUAGAGCUCGCGGGCAUUCGUGUUGAUACGGUGAACCAAGCCGGCGUUUGAUGUUACACGUAUAGAUAUUGGAUGGGCAAAUCUAAAGGCUAGGAAUUUUCCGUAUCAAAAGUUUGGGGUGUACGCUUGUAUCCAUAAUUUUAUAAUGUAUAUGGUUAAUUCAUUCUUUAUACCCUUGAUUGUUAUACUGAUUAUUACAUUGAUUCCUUC